CUGACAGUUACAGCUGUCAAAGUUUAAUAUUCAUUACCAGAUUCGGAUUGCACAAGAAAUAUUCUAUAAAAUAAGAAAAUUUAGCAGUGUUUGAAAAAAAAGCGAUAGGAAAAUAAAAACCACAUCUUCGCCAUUAUACGAUAAAUUAUAAAAAAAAGAAAAUGUCAAGGAAAGCCAUUUCACUGUUUACGCUAACAAAUCGUUAUGCAGCCGCUGUGCAGAGCCGAAACGUGUUGGAGGCAAGACCAGCGUUGCGUUUCUACAGUUCGGAAAAUUCGGCACAAAAACCACAACAGCCGGAUUCGGAUGGUUCAAAUCAAUUGGAAAAUGCCGUUGCUGAAGCGACCAAAAAGCUAUCAGAAGAAAUUGAAAUACUAUCCAAAGAAGUGAAUACGUUGAAAGAAAAAAAUGACGAAUUAUUAGAUAAGUACAAACGUUCAUUAGCAGACAGUGAAAAUUUGCGUACACGUCUCACCAAACAAAUAGCUGAUGCUAAAGUGUUUGGCAUACAAAGCUUUUGUAAAGAUUUGCUUGAGGUAGCUGAUAUACUGGGACAUGCUACGGAGGCGGUGCCGAAAGAUCAAAUCAACGAGAAUAAUCCACAUUUGAAGAAUCUGUACGAAGGUUUGGUUAUGACCAAAGCUUCAUUGUUGCAGGUGUUCAAACGUCAUGGCUUGGAACCUGUCAAUCCACUUAACGAGAAAUUCAAUCCAAAUAUGCAUGAGGCAUUAUUCGAAAAGGAUGAUGCCACUGUUGAGCCAAGCACCGUUGUUGUUGUCACCAAAUUGGGCUACAAAUUGCAUGAACGUUGUAUACGACCUGCGCUUGUUGGUGUUUCAAAGUCAUGAGUGGUGUGUUACUACGACAAAAACUUGAAUGAUUUAGCUGCUUGAAAGUACUUUGCAGUUCCUAAAAAACUAGUAUGCUCUUAUAAAUAUGUUUUUGCUUAAUUUUCGUGCGAUUCGGUACAGAAUUUUAAAUUACAACUACUACGCCUGUCACGAAAAUUUAUUUCCACACUAAAUCUGCGAUUUUCAUAACACUUAAUUGUUAUAUAUAAACAGAGUAUACAUAACCAAAAAAAGUUAAACUUGCAUGUUAUGGCUUCCAUGUUUAUAUAUAUCAACUAUUGUGUUAUACUUUCCUUGAAUUACUUGAAUACUUUCAAUGAAUAUACGUAAAAUUUCUAAAUGAAAAAGUUAUGAAAAUUUAACUUAUGUCUCUAUUGACUUUUUCAACACUUUAGAAGCGUUUACUUGAAGCAGCAAAAUUUAUUAAUAAAUACAAAAAAUGGAAUUUAGCUAUUAAAUAAAAUUGUUAAGUUAGGCAAUGGCAUGUAGCUGAGUGUGUACGCAUAUACUAGGCAUUUCACAAUGUUUUAGUGUACGUUUGUAUGAGAGUGCUUUAAAAGUUUAACUUGAUUUUCUUAAAGACUAAUAUGCACAGCGUUACACGCAUAACAUGUUCGCGAUCGUAUAGAAAUCUAUGUUAAUUAUAAUAAAAUGAAAAACCGAUAUGUUUGUAAAAUAUA